GAGCAGAUUACAAGCAGAGAGGACCAGGAUUUGUACUUUGGGGAAGAGCAGUUAGUCAGUGGUUGGUAAAAAUGUCGGAUAUGAUCUUGUAUGGAUAUGAUCUUGUCAUGAUAUAAUCUUCUCACUAGAUUUUAAUUUCACGGACCAUCGGAAACAAUGACUGAACAGUGGGAUUAAAACUGAAUCCAUCGAAAGAAGACCAAACCUAUAAAUAGAGGAGAAUAACCAUGGAAAGAUUGUUAAGAAAUAUUUUGCUUUGUAUUUAGAAUUUAUUUACGACACGGAAGUCUUCAAGUUGAAGGUAAACUAGUUCGAGAGUACGGCGUUACACAUAAGUCUUCAAGUUGAAGUUAAACUAGUUAGAGAGUACGGCGUUAUACAGAAGUUUUGAAGUUGAAGUUAAACUAGUUAGAGAGUACGGCGUUAUACAAAAGUUUUUAAGUUGAAAUUAAACUAGUUAGAGAGUACGGCGUUACACAGAAGUCUUCAAGGUGAAGGUAAACUAGUUAGAGAGCAAUAUGUUACACACAAGUCUUCAAUCUGAAGUCAAACAAGUUAGAAUGUACGCCUUUUCCACCAACGUUCUUCAAAUGAAUCUUUCAACUAGCGUUCCUCUAAAGCGCUCUGAAGGUUACAUUAGGAAAAACUGUUCUAACAAUGUAUUCUCUUUUAUUCGUUAAAUAAGGAACAUAUUUACAUUUCGUCGGAUUAGUCUUUGGAGGUGAUUACUGCGAUAAUCUGUUUUAUUCUCUUUUAUAUGUAAGGGAGACAACAGUCGAUGUGCAGGGUCGUUUCCGUCUGGAUGGACAUUGUAUCCAUCAAUGUCAAGGCCAUUCGAGGUACCAGGCCGCCAAGCAUUUUGUAACCUCAUUUUGAGUUUUUGAAAUAAUCAAUUGCUAGGACGCUCGACCUGGGCGACAGACACACUGUAUCAACUGUGUUAGGGUGGCUCUGGACAAUCAACUGUUUUAGGAUGGCUCUGGACUUUCAACUGUUUUAGGAUGGCUCUGCACUAUCAACUCUCUUUAUGAUAGCUCUGCACUAUCAACUGUUUCAGGUUAGCUAUACAUUCACAAAGCUGGUGUUUCUAUCGAUACGAUAAGCGCCCGGACGUCUGUCGCGAAUGUGUUUAAAGCAGGGGUGUCAAACUCAAUCGCUCGGCGAGCCGAAAUCUCAAGUAAGGUUGCGGGCCGAACAGGAUAAACAUUCAGUAAGCGAAAAAGUAAUCUUUUUUUGAAGACAUAUAUAUCUAAAUGAAAACUGAAAAUUGUUUUAAUAGUUCGUUUUUCGUUCUUACGCCAAUAUGUCAGAGCUGGAUGUUUGGCACAUUUAUUGGCUACGUAAACAAGUAAGUUCGUUUAUUUUGGGAGUGCCAUUCUGUGUCAUUGAGAUUCUCUUACUGGACUGCGAGUGUUGAUCAGUAAGAUGACUCCUGUGUGAUGUUUUGUUAAUCUUCAUUACAGAAAAAAGCUGUUCACACACGUGCUACCAACAAUUUUCAAGUUUCGAGCCGCAUGUAGACGAAGCUGGGACAUCUUUUCAGGAAUGAAUCGAGUGAGCUGCGCAGGCCCAACUGUGUCGUACUUUGCCUUUAGUGUCCCAUUACAAUGCUGCUCUAUUAGCUCCAUCUGCAAAUUUACAGGUGCAGUUUCCACGUCUAUGACGAAUAGGUUACGAAACAGCUUGAAAUUACUUUUCUGUGCUUCAAAGUCCCUAAAGCACCGUGCGAACUCGACGCGAAGUAAGCUAAGUUUUUCAGCAAAGUGUGCAUUGGGAAACACCAUAGCGUUGGCGUGGAUAUAAUUGUACGCCGGUCGAGACCUCCCGGGCCUGAUAAAAUUUUACGGCGGUCCGGAUGUGGCCCGCGGGCUUUGAGUUUUACACAUGUGGUUUAGAGGAUGGGCUGCGUAGGCCGUUGGCUUGAGUAUAUGUAGUUUACCGACAAUAAAACUAAUUUCUUAUAUGCACAUAUAAUGGAAAGUCUUAGUUUAGUAAAGAAUCAUUUGUUGCACCCACAAUGUCUCGGCUUAUACGCGCUAAUACUCGGUUGUUGGCUCUAGUGUUGUAAGGGAAGGUAAAUACUUGACAUUCUGAGCAGGGAAAGAUUUUUAAUUGAUUAUUUUUUUAACAAUUUAUUUCAGGGCGACCCACUUGUCAACACUACUGUCAUGUUUUUAAUAUUUAGUUUGGACAAGUUAUAACCCUCAAAACAUUGAUGGUGGCAAUGCGGAAACGUCUCAGCUGCUAAAGGGACUUGAAAAAUCAUGCAUUCAAAGAACUCACUCUUUAACAUUCCCAAAUUCGUGCUUAACCACCAUCCUAACCAUACCCCAUGGCAUCAAAGCUAUAGUAAUAUUUUAAUGCCCCCCCCCCCAACCUCUGCUUUGAUAUCACAGAUUUAUCGCGCCAAAUAUUUCAGUAAAACAGCAGUUUUCUGGGGAAAAAACAACAACACCCCCCCCCCAAAUAACAAGUCAGUGCUUUCUGAAGAACACGUGCUUUCUGAGAAAAGUAUCAUUUCUGUUGUUGUUUUGAACUAAGUCUAGAGGAAUCAAGUCAUGAAAUGAGAACAUCUUAAGUUUCACCAUUACCCCUUUUAACUGUUACGCCCAUGUAUCUAGAAAUACGCUCCUGGUUACAUCAUGGGGUCUAACAGUGCUCACAACUUUGAUCGUAAAAACAAAUAUUCUUUAAUAACGUCAAAUCCAAGAUUGUAAUAUUAGUGUGUGAAACUCACUGACUGUAGCCACCAUGAUUACAAUUGUAACUUUAAAGUUUGUAGCCACGGUAUUUUAACACAACAAAUUCCCGCUUUCUUCACAGCAAUGUCUUCUGCUGCUGCUGCUGCUCGCCUCGUGCUGUUGACGUGUCUGAUUGCUGCUGUUGUGCUAGGGUCCCCCUUUCCCGACACAGACCCUUAUCUUCAGCACUCAGUGUUAGAACCGCUGGUCAAUAGCACAUCAGCCCCCGCGACGACAGUCAAAAGUGGCUAUGACUACAGAUCGGGAGCAGCUAGAGGAGGACGGAAGUAGAAACCCCUGGGAACCUUCAGGGAACUAUAUGACGUCAGACAACAUGUUCAGAAAUGUCAUGCCAGGCUUGGACUUAGAUGAGAAACAAUCAGUUGUCUAUUUGUAGAAUUCGUAACCAUUAUCUUCUUCUUAACCUUCUUAAUCAUUGUACCAAAUGUAUUAAACAAAAGGGUAG